AUCAAGCGCCCGCUGCCAUGGGGGCUCUAUGCACAGGUCCCUGCGGGAGGGAGGCCAGGCAGCCUCCCAUUGCAGCCGGGGGGCGCCCGGCCUCCAGGAGCCCGCUGCCCCGCCCCUCGCAGGCCGCCGCGGGCAGCAGGAGGCGCCGGAGGGCGCUGCCGCACGCCUCGCUCCGCGCCUGGGCCGGCUGCCGGGCCGCCAUGGCUGCGCUGCGCUGGGGCGCCUGGCGGCGGCGGCGGCUGCUGCUGCUGCUGCUGCUGCUCGCCGGCCCCGCAGCCUCCUCCGCCGGCCCGGCCGAGGAGAGCGGCGGGGCGCGGGGAGGGGGCCGCGGGGACGGGGAACGGGGGGCCCGGGACGAGCCGCAGCGGCAGCACCACGACUCCUCGUACGGCACCUUCGCCAGCGAGUUCUACGACCUGCGCUACCUCUCCGAGGAGGGUUACCCUUUCCCUACUGCUCCUCCUGUGGAUCCAUUUGCAAAAAUUAGAGUGGAUGAUUGUGGAAAAACCAAGGGAUGCUUUAGGUAUGGUAAACCUGGAUGUAAUGCAGAGACUUGUGACUAUUUUCUCAGUUAUCGUAGAAUAGGAGCUGAUGUAGAGUUUGAGUUGAGUGCUGACACUGAUGGCUGGGUGGCAGUAGGAUUUUCCUCAGACAAGAAAAUGGGUGGAGAUGACGUCAUGGCUUGUGUUCAUGAUGAUAAUGGAAGGGUCCGAAUACAGCACUUUUAUAAUGUUGGUCAGUGGGCUAAAGAGAUCCAGAGAAAUCCAGCUAGAGAUGAAGAAGGGAUUUUUGAAAACAACCGUGUGACUUGUCGAUUUAAACGUCCUGUGUAUGUUCCCAGAGAUGAAACUAUUGUAGAUCUUCACUUGAGCUGGUACUAUUUGUUUGCUUGGGGUCCAGCAAUUCAGGGUUCUAUAACUCGGCAUGACAUAGACUCACCGCCUGUAUCAGAGCGUGUUGUCAGUAUUUACAAGUAUGAAGACAUUUUUAUGCCAUCAGCUGCCUAUCAGACCUUUUCUUCUCCAUUCUGUUUGCUUCUUAUUGUUGCACUGACCUUUUAUUUAUUGAUGGGAACCCCAUGAUCACAGCUGGAUAUGUAUGAAAGAUAGUGAGAAUUUGUUAGUGAGAGUUCCUCAGGAUGGAUGAAUUUUCUGUUGGAAUUCAUAUCACAUGAUCGUCUAGCUGCUUUGUUGACAAUUUCAUCUUCUCAGCAAGGAAAUAACCUCUCCUUUGAGCAGUAAAGAUGUGCCAAAUAAUUAAGAAUAAUCAAGGAGCAAGUAACAAACCACUUCCAGUGUAACUACUAGUUUAAUGAAAAAUACAUUUGUAAAAUUUGUGUGUGUGUGUGUGUUGGGGGGAAUUUAGUAAUGGACAUAUAGAAUCAAAUUAUUUAAUACACAAUUUCCUUCAAUUCAAGAACUAAACGUUGGGGAAAUAUUGUCCGUUAAAUACUUGUGGUGCAGAUAGCACACCUGUAAAUGCAGUUUCUGAACUCAAAGUCAGUAUUGUCAGAACACCGCUGUUUAAUAAGGACUGCUUUGUGAUAAUGGGCUUUCACCUCCCCAAAUACUUUGAAUUUGACAGAAGCAACUCACAGGUCUAAAUGGUUCUGGUGCUUUCCAAAACCAGAAAAUGCUUUACAUUCCCAGUACAAACAAAAUUAAACUUUCUAUUACAGAAUUCUAAUAAUUGUCUGUACUAUAAAAAGAAUUCUUAGACACAGCCAUACUUAAGAAGACAUAGCUAAGCUUUUUAUUAAUGAGAGAUGAUGCUAUAUAAACAAGAAAAAAAGAAAAUUAAUGCUGGUAUAAAUUCUUCAUGAUACAGAAAAAUUCCUAAAAAUAUAUAGACUGUAGAAGCCCCUGCAAGCCAUAAGACAUCUUCCAGUAGGCAAAGUGAGUUUCUUUUUUUAUGAAAAAAUGUUAUUUAGAUGUAAACGUCUUUUAAACAGCCGUUUUGCAGUAACCCUAAAGUGUCUGUUCUCACCUUGCUAUCUGCCCUAAAUUCCAUUCAUGUUAAAGAUGAGCAGGAGCAGCAGCUCAUUGUUCUCAGAGCAAUGCAAACAUGAUCUAUAGUACUAAUAUGAAAAUACGGGAAUAAAUAAAAAGAGCCUUAAUUUCAUUUCCAUCAGAAUCAUAGGUAAAAUCAUAUUUAUCCAAUGAGGAAAAAGAGAAUUCAAGCAUGAAAAUAGAUUUGAAUUUUCUAUCCUUCAAAGAAGUAUUACAAAAAGGGAAAGAAAAUAGGUGUUACUGUAAAUGGGAGUGGCAGAAAUGUAUCAAAUGAAGAAUAGAUCACAACUUAUUCUAAAAUGUUUUGAGUUAUUGCUGUACAUUUUUACUGUCUACAUGAUAGGAAAUUUAUGAUUACCUUAAGCAGGGAAGCAGCUGUCUCUUUAAAUAUCUGAUCUUGCAGAUAACACAUGCACAAAUCUUCCAUCCACUCAAAUGGGAGAUCUGCAUGCUUUAGGGUUGCAGGUUCAGUCCCUAAGUUACACUAUGUAUUAGGCUGUUGUACCAAGAGUACACAGAGCUUGACAUGUUUGAGAACACUUUAGCGCUGUGUACUUGUAGAGUGUCUUAUUAGAGAUGAUGUUUCCAUCUUAGUUACUGUAUGAUGAGGUAAUAAGAAAAAAAUAAUUGGAGAUUUGUAAUUUUUGCAUUAUUACUCACAGUAUAAAAUUUAAAGGUUGAUUUUUUUUAAGGCUUUGCAUUCCUCAAAACUGUGUGCUUAAAGUAUGUAAAUUUUUGGUUUAAAUGAUUAUUUCCCUCCUGUGCAAGCAUUUUGUCCAUAUUUAAAAUUGCAACAUUUGUUUAAAAAAAGGAGUAUUAAUUAGAAAAGUUAACACUUUAAAGUGCUUCAUAAACAGUGACUUUAUCUUAGUGCAUUUCAGUAAGUGACUCCUCUAUACCUGAUUAACCAACUAAUUAAAUAUAUGAUAUAAUUGUAGUGGGUCAGGGAUCCUUGUCCCUGAUAGGGACUGCUUUGUGGAACUCUGGGAGCAAAUCAUAUCCUUAAUGUGUUCUAAACAGACCGCUGAGAUUUCUCUGGUGUAGCAGAAUCCUUUGAUGGCAUAGAUCUGGGUAGCUGGCUCUAUGCCAUAGUCUCUAACACUGGAGAGAAGAAUGUGGUCAAAGCAUGCUGUGUGUCCCAUGUGCUGUUUAAAUUACAGCAAGGAGCCUGUUCAGCUCCCAGCCCAUGACCAGUUUUACUACCAGCAUAAGUUAAAGCAGUCUCAGGACUGCUCUAAUUUAGAGGCACUCACAGUAGCCUGCAAGGGGCUGUUCCAGCAGCUAUAGAUUACUGGAGCAUAACACAAACCUACCUUUGCUCUCCUGCCUCCACUUGACUCCUGGCUGGCCCUCAAAAUUGAGGUCAGUAUAUACAAAGACAGUAAAAAUAUCACUAGGGUACAAAGAGAUGUAAUCAACCUGGCAAAAGUAAACAGAUUCAGAGCUGAUGCUAAACCUUUGCACUUAUUGUAUUCCUUUGUGCCAUGCUUGUGGAGAAUAUACACUAUUUCAGAUUACAGAGCUUUCAGGGCUGGUGGCUGAGCCUAUGCCGUACAUUAAGGCAAACGUUUGCCUUCACUUUCAGAUUCUGUUUUUGUGAGUUAAAGGUUCACCCUGUACCUGAGAUUAAUGUAUUUUUUUUUGGUUGUAGUUUCCUUUUGUUCAGAUAUUAGUAGCAGUUUGCACUUUUAUAGCACCUUUCAUCCAAGGAUCUCAAAGUGAUUAGCUGGCCCUAUUUAGCCUUUCUUAAUAAUAGAGAAAAAUACAGCAAGUUUACAAAAAAAAAGAGAGAGAGAGAGAAAGAAACUAUACUACUCUUCAGCUUUUCAAUUGAUGUUUGAGUUUGUAUCUAUUAAUUAUUAUUCUACUAUACCAGAAUUUUACAUACUUUACUGAUAUUAAAAAGGCAUAAUCCCCACCCCAAAGAAUUUAAUGUUCAAGGGGGAAUGGAAGAGGGUUUAAGGAGAGUGGAAGGCUACAAACAGCCAUUAAGGAUUAGAGGUAUGAGAGUGGAUAAUAGCGGAAAAGUAGAACUGCUUGGCCAAGAACAGAGCAGAAGGAAGAAAGAACAAGCCUAUAGGGAAGAAAGUUGGCAAGAUCAUGGGACUUUCUCCAUGAGCAUCUCUACAGAGCAGGAGCAGAGAUAAUAAAGAUGAGGAGAGAAACAAGGCUGGGAACUUAAUAUAUAUUCUGUAUUGGAAAGAUAUUAUCUAUAGCAAAGUCCCCUUUUCACUACAGCAUCACUGCAAUCUUGCUUCCUAAUUGGAAGGUGUCUCCUACUACCGAAUAACAGAGACUUCUGGCAAUGCCUAUCACGCACCCUCUCCCACAAGUCAGAAUAGGGUACAUGGUAGUUAAAGUAGACCAGGUUGGAAAUGAAACAUCAGAAGCAAUCCAGUUUCAGAAUUUUCACCAAGUAACGUUGCUUCGACUGCUAAUAUUUGGAGAGGACAGGAAGAGGGUGAAACUGCAGCAACACUAUAGUUAGGUUUGGAAGGAUUAGAUUUUUAUCAGUAAAUGUAAAUAAACAUUGAUUUCAACACACAUCCAGAAACCAACAAAAAAUAUUUUCAUUUAUGAUAAUUGAAAUUUACAGAUAGGCAAAAUUCAGCUUGAACACUUGUUAGAGUUUGAUUUAAGGAUAUGUACUUUGUAUAUUUUGAAGUGGUGAUGUUGAUAAUUUGUGUUAAUGGUUAUAAAGUUUUAACAUUUUGAAUUUCCAAUUCUGCUGCCAUUAAAUAAUUGUCUCCCUCCCCAUAAUUUCCCAAAACUGUUAAAAUUUAAAUCAAAUAAAAAUGGGGGGGGAAAUGCUUUAACUCUAUAAUUGUGCACGACUGUGAAAAUUGAAAUAGACAAAAAUUGAAAAAAACCCUUCAAAAUAAACAUCAAUAUUAUCAGUCAGUUAUAAUACAAAAUUGAAGUCUGCCAAGCCUAACUAUAACAGAGAGGAAGGGUCUGGACUUCAGUGAAAUUUGACUCUUGAUAUAAUACCUCUUUAGUAGUAACUGAGCAUGCCCCAUAACUGUUUCUUAUAUGUUGUUGUUUUAAAUACUAAAAAGCAGUAGUUAGUCCCUGAUAUGAUGAAGUACUGUAAACUUGCUUUACAUUUUUUAUUGCUUGUGGAGGGUGCCCUGGAAACUAAAGUCUUCUUUACCCACAGAAGCUGUAUGCAGCAAUGCAUGCUUCUUCAUACCUCCCCAACUAAUGUGUAUCAACCCCGACCAGGAGAGUCAAUCUCUAGGGAGAGAAUAGUUUAGUCUCCAUACCAAAUCAUUUCUUAGCCUACUUACUGAAAUUACUAAUGAAUUGGCCAUUAAAGAACAGUUUCAAAAGGCUUCCAUUUUGUGUACGAGGUGAAUUAAUUGUACCGUUACCUGGCACACAUGCACAAAUGCAGGCACAGGAAUGUGCAUGGAAAUUUUGCAUGUAUACAAUUAGGAGGCCUUUGGAAAUAUGGCCCUGAUUGGUCUUUUCCAACGUUAUCUGUCUAACCAACAAAAGGCAUUAGUUACCACCUGGGACCAUGUAUCUGUAUAAAAAAAUAUUUUUUUAGCUGUUAGUUCUGCUUAUUAUGUUAAUCAUAGUGUUAUCUUGUGCUCCCUUUGUCUGUCUUCACCUGUUGCCUCUCAUUUUAUACAUAGAUUGUAAGCUCCUUGGAGCAAGAAUCAGAUUUUUGUUAUGUAUGUACAGUGCCUGGUGCAAUGGGACCCUGAUCCUCAACGGGGGCCUCUAAAUGCUACCACAAGACAAAUAAUAAAUAUAAUAAUUUGGCCUGUUUUUCCCAGAAAGAAAGAAUGAGAUAGGAAAGAGAGAGAAAAAGAAGAGGGAAGGGAAGCACAGCUGAAGACUCCCUUUUUACUUUCAUAAAGACAUAUAAUCAUAUACAGUUUGUUUAUAGUAGAAAAGCUCUUAAAACCUAAAUUACAACAUUACAAACUAAACAGUAUAACUGAUUUUAUGAAGUAUUUAAAUAGAGGGUAAUUCAGUUACCCAAAAUUCAAAAGCAGAAUAACCCUGUUUUCAUACUUGAAAGAAACUGUAUUGGGGAAAACUCUGCCUCUUCCCGUCCCAUUCCUCCCCGCCACACACACUUGCUUUGCUGUAUUCCAGUGGGACAAAGGGAUAAGAGACAUUUUUUAACUCCCCUGCUAUGGUUAUCCUUAUCUUUAGGAUGUCCCCAGCUGAUGUAAAUGUAGCAGAGCUGUCAUUCAUUUAUGUCCCUCUGCACAAUCACCACCAUAUGGUGGGGGAGGAGGGGAGUGAAUGGAGCAUGAUGUGCUAGCAGCUAAUCUUUUUGAGACCAUUGCGAACUGAUACAGGUUAAAGAAGCACCCAGGCUGAGCAAAGAAUCAGGAUCUGCAACCAUCUUUCCGCAGAACCCCGAAUAAUUUAGAUGCAGCAAAUAAUAUAGCUGUUAUGUGAUAAAUCCAGUGCAAAUUUAGCACAGACUUGGCUGCUUAAUAAAAUUACAAUUCAUUUGUUUAUGUAAAAAGUCCAGCACAGAAACCUUGGGAUUGCCAUACCAGAUCAGACUAAUACCAGUAGCCUGUCUUUCACUGUGGCCAUCAUCAGAUGCUUCCAUGUUAAGGCUACCCAGAUCAUGGUUUGAAGUCCUUGCUGGACCUCAGCCCAUGCUGCUUAUGCUGCUCCCAGUCAUUGUAGGCAAGUGAGUGGAGAGAAUGUGGGGAAGUGGAGUACACCAAAUAUGCCUCCUCCCCCACAUUUCUCUUUCCCAGCAAUGUACCAGACAGCAGAGUUGGUGAGUGCCAGGCAGAAGGUAAGCUGUGUCCCUUUCAGAGCUCUCUCAUCUCCUCAGAUCUCUUCCAGGGAUAGUGCAGGUAUGCCUCCCCAUAUUCAGGACGGAGGCUAAAAGAUUAUAAAUAAAGCUCUAUUUUUUUUAAUGUAUGUUGUCUUUUAACAUCAUUGGAUGCCCCCCUUGUUUUGCCACUAUGAAAUGGGGUGAACAGGAAUCCCCACUCUGUCACUCUGAGAGCAGAAGGUGGGGGCCCGCAAGGGUUCUAAAAAUUAAUACUUACCACUCUAGGCUUGUAUGAAACUCCCACAGUUACAGCUUUUCUCUUGGCUUGGUAAAUGCUGCCACCACCCAAAUGCAAAAAAAAAAACCCUUUGAACCCAGGAAGGAGCACUUGGGAAUUCUUCCCUGUUGGGUACCCUCAAGAGGAAGAGCUGAGAAAGAAAACAAAGGAAAUCAGCUGUGGCUAUCAGCUAAUCAAACAACAUGCACAAACCUCGUAGGACAUCAAAAAAUCCAAUCCUGUUCUUAAUAAAGGUAUAUUUUAUUAAAAACAAAAAGGGAAAAAAUACAUCUGGAACUUAGGCUUUUGCUAGAUUUUAAAAGAGCAAUUCCAAAAAUAAAGCACCCAAAAUAGCUUUCUUGGGGGUUCAGCUUAAAGUUUACAGACAACCAAAAGCAUCAUGGGUUAGCACAGCGGAGAUCUACAAGCCUUAAAAAAUAAACAAAUAAACCUGAUUUAGCUAAACAUUCUAAUCUACUUACACAUUUGGAGUUUCAGAUAAGUAGUUCUAGGUAUGAUCUGAUGAUUUAUGAUCAUACCUGGCUUAAAGCUAUACACAGCAUUUCUUCUGCCCUCUGUUGGAAUUCCUGCCUGACUAUCUUUAUACCACUCAUUAUUUUCUCUCUCUUGUCCUCUCUUAGGUGUCACCUCCAGCUAAUAUCCCAAAAUAGAACAAACUUGGUUCUGCUUAGAACUGUGUCAGAAGGAACCAUGUGCUUUUUCCUUCCCUAGAAGCUGGUUGCAAAUAGCACUGUAAAAUUACAGAAAAGCAAUAUCAUUUUAUUUUCACAGAGAUCCAUAGUGGGAGUCCUAAUAUUAUUGAAAUGGUUGUAUGUACACUGUAUAAUUAGUCUAGAUCCUGGAACAGCUGGAGGAAACAAAGUUAACUAAAUAAAACUUAAAUAUUAUAAACAUAUAUUCUGCAUGGAUACAAUCAACAACAUUCAUUUAGACCCUGAUCUUAUAAUGUAUAGACAGUGGGUGCAAGCAGUCUGCACACAUGCUACACAUUGCGGAAUGGAAGCAUCAGUAAGUAUUUUUAGAAUAAAAUAGGUAAACAUUUAUUUAGUAUAAUCAUAAGAUAUUGUUUAAACAAUAAGGAGGAGAUUAAUUAUUUCUUAUACUUACUGCUGUCUCUUAAAUGUUUGAGAUGUUUACUUAAGAUCGGAUUAUGUCACCCUUACUCACAUUAAUUAAACUACUCAAUAUAUAUGAGAGAGGCAGAAUCUGAUCCUAAAGAAAAUUCAACUUUUAUGUAGAUUCUCUCCAGGCCGACGCAAACUAUAGACUACAUUCUUUGCUAAAAUACAUAUUCACAUAAAUCCAGAAUUUGACCCUAAAGCCUUGAAUCUGCCCUUUAAGGUAUGGAAACACAUCACUGGGUACAGGAUCUUGACAAAUCAGCUACUGGCCAUUUCACAGGGGACACAGCUCUAUAUGCCUGAGUAUCAGGAUGGAACUCAGCUCUGUAUCUGUGCUUAAGGGCUUUCAUUGUAGAUCAUGUAUUUAUCCGAAUUUAAUCUCAUUGUGUUAGUGGCAUUUCUGCUGUGUUGUAUCAGAGUUGCAUUAGGAUCUGAUACAACACUAAAAUAUGCCCAUCUUCUGUGUGGAUACUUCUGACAGGUCCUGGAAGCUUUAAAAAAAAGUCAAAUUUCCAGUGCAGAAGGCAGUCAAGGGAAAUAAAGAUUAUAUAUUUGUGUAUUAUGUACCAGAUUUUUAAAACCUGCCCUCUGUUUCUGCAUUCACUGUUAUUUGUAUGUGUAAUUUAGAUGUCUUAAGUAUCUGAUUUUGCACACAAAUAUGGUGUAGAUAAUCCCAGUUUUUCUGAACCUGUUUUCUCUAGAUCUGUGUGUUGUUGGUAAUAUAUUUUAUAUCUACACACACAAAUUAAAUAAAUCAAAAGCAAAAUUCAGUUUUUACAUAGAUUAGUUUUUGGAUAUCUUCUAAGACCUUUGUAAAAUCAGAUAUAAUUGUACUUGUGUCUAACUGAUCUAAAUUGAGCCACUGCUAGACUGGCAGUCACAUAAUAGAGCAGAGUACCAACAUAAGAUGAGUGGAUGAUAGGUGUGAAGAAGCAGUAUGAAAAUGUAGUAACAUUACUUUCUUUUAAAGUGAAAAAUGAGUUACAAAUAUCAACCAAAUCAGCAUAAUAAAUAGUAUGAAAUAUAUUUAUUUUGGAUUCAUGUUACACUCCUUUAGAAAUAUAGUUCCUUCCCUGAUUUUACUAGGGGAAGGGAAGGGGAGCAUUCUUCUAAUUUAGUGUUCAAUAUGUAUUCAACAUGACCUUACAAAGUCUUUAAAAGUGGUACUGCUGAGUUUUUAAGGCUAAAUUUGGCUUAGCUUAAAACUUCUACUAGCUGGUUAGGAAUCGUUGGUUUUAGGAUUCUCAAUCUAUUGUCCUGAUAUGGUAUGGCAAAGUUUCUUUGCCGGACCUUUUACAUAAGCAAAUGAAUUGUAAUUUUAUUAAGCAGCCAAGUCUGUGCUAAAUUUUCAUUGGAUUUAUCACAUAACAAUGUUGAGAAUAUUUUAAGAAUGAUUUCCAGCAGCAGUUAGCUAGUAACAGUAGCCAAAUAUUUUAAACUUGAAAUCUAAAAUUACGCCUCAAAAUCCAUAUUUACACUCCUAAAUUAGUCGGAUUUUUCAAAAGUGCUAAGUAACUUCAACUCCCAUUUGACUUCAGUGGCUACUCAUGAUAAAAACUGCACUGUAAUCACUGUGUGUAGGGGUGAAUCCUAAGGCAGUUUCAUAGACUCUUUACCCUUUAAAUCAUUCAGGUUCACUAAUUCAAGGUAUUUCAGAUUCUGAAAAUGGAAACAUUAAAUGAAUAGAUAAAUAAGUCUUUGAUUCUGUGGAAAAGAAUACAAAUAUUUUUGCAUCUUUUCACUGAAAUGCUCUUCUACACAAAGGUUAGAAAAAUAAAAAAUGAAAGCAACUUCCCUGUCAAUAUUAAUGUUUAAAUAAAGGAAUUUUGCUUUAGGCUUUUUGGUUUUGUAGAAAGCAGAGAAUCCAGUAAGAUGGUUUUAGAAUGAAAUGUAACUGGGAGCAUGCUCUGGAGAGUACAAUAAAGCAAACCACUUUACAGCACAGGUUCAUUAACCCUUUUUAUCUUAUUUUCAAGGGAUUUUUUCCCACCAAUAUUAUAGUAUAGUAUAUAUUUUUUCCACUAUGAAGGAAAAAAGAAGUUUGGGGAUAAGAGAAUAUUGUAUAUAAAAUUAGUAGAAUUGUAGGUGAAAUGUAGAUGCCACAUUAAAAUCUAGGAAUAUCAAAGUUUAUAUUAUCAGCGAUAAUGAUAAGAAUUUCUUUAAGCAACUAUAUCGGCAACUAUACCAUGGCAAUAUUAGAAUGAGUGGUAUUAUAUACAGCAGUGGUUUUUUUUUCUGAUUUCACAUCUGAUGAUAAAGUAAUAAUAAAAAAUACAGCUACCAUCGAUUUUUUUCAAAGCUGAAAAUAGUACCAUGUUUACUGAAAGAAAAUCAAGGGCAAAAUUCAUAUUGAUUUCAACAGGGUCAGGAUUACACCCUAAGGAUGUUUCUAGCCUUGACUAAAGAUGGACAUUUUUGUUCCCAUAUAUUAAAUAUCAACAGUUCUGUUUAGAUUAAGACAAAUGUCUGGUUGUACUCAGUAUUUCUGGUUAGUGCAUUUUGAGGUCUGGUUUGCUUCAAACUUUUUGUGUGAUUAAGACUGUAAAAACUAUGCUAAAUCUUGCCAGUUUGUUCAGUAUUAUAUGAACUGUAAAGAAUGUAACUUAUGUCAGCAUUAAAUUUUAAUUUUCUACAAUGUUUGUGCUAAAAAUGAAAUUUUAGUCUAAAUAAUUGAUAUUCACAUGAAACGUGUAAUUACAGUAUUUAAUAUUAAGCAUGCUCUUCAUUCUCUAUCUUGAGCCCAGUCCUCCAUUCCUUUCCAGCUCCUGUUUGAAGUCAUUGUGUACUUUGUUUGGUGAGAGUGGAGGAAUACGCUCAUUGAGCUUUGGUUGUCAAAUACCUGGACAGAAGUUCUUAAAAAUAAACUUUUAUGUUAAUGCAUUGGAAUUUGCAGAAAGAUAAAACUGAACAAAUAAUGAAAUUAUUUUCACCAACAGGACUAUUUUAUAAUCAGUGCAUGCCCUAAAACAUUACUUUGUAAUAUUUGUUUUAUACUAAUUGCAUUGUUGAUGUUCUAGUGGACUUGGUUAAUUAUCUGACAAUAACAUAUGCAAAUGUUUAUAAACCUGUUAUAAUAAAUGCCUUUUUACU